AGAGAAAAUGAUAAUAUCAUCUAGGUUUAAUUAUUAAUACAAGUAUCAAAUGUUGUCGUGUGUCGAUAUAUCGACAUUUCGGGAGUCUUUUUGUAGUCCUUACCCGUGAUCUUCAGGUCCUUGUCUCGUGUGGAUGGUGGUUGCUGUAUUUAUGUCUAUUUCUAGUUGUUACACUCAGGAUCUGAAGGGCUCGACAGAGGAACACUGAAAUGCACUAAGAUUUAUCAAAGUGUAGUUGUCCGACGUUAAGAAUGUCUAAGCUUCUGUCCUUGAUGUGCUUCAGAAACCACUGCAAUGCGGGUCUUCAUUCUAUUUCAAAAUAUCUAAGUAUCCCCCCUGCCUUGUCUAUUCUGACCUGUAAAGAGGUUCCAGGAGGCCGCCUUCCCCACUUAAGGACAUAUUCUUUGGGGACAGGCAGGGCUGCACAGUCAAGAAAUGUCAGUGUUUCAUCCUCCCUGAAGAAUUGUCACAGUGCUAAGGUGACACAGAACAGUGCGCCGAUGUCUGAGAGAACCAGUGACCCAGUGCCCACAUGUGUGGAACUAGAGGGGUCUGACCAAGCUGAGAAGGAUUUUGGGUCUUUUGCCAAAUCCUAUGGAUCCCGGAAAGUUUUCCGUAAAAUGUCGCCAGAGCUGCUGGAUCUGAAGUACAGAGAUGCAAGUCGGGCUGAGGAGGAAGAGGAGGUGGUGUCCAGACCAGUGCAAAGAAACACCACUUACUGGUACUUUCUUCAGUGUAAGAAGCUCCUGAAGCAGAACAAGCUUGCUGAGGCUCUGGACAUGUUUGAGACGCAGAUGCUGAAAGCUGAGCGCCUCGAGCCAGAGGAGUACAACUACACCGUGCUGAUUGGGGGCUGCGGCCGAGUGGGCUACCUCAAAAAGGCUUUUAAACUCUACAAUGAUAUGAAGAAGCGAGGCCUGGUGCCCACAGAUGCCACCUACACUGCUUUGUUCAAUGCCUGUGCCGAGUCUCCCUGGAAGGAUUCCGGGCUACAGCAAGCCCUCAAGCUCCAGCACGAGCUGAAGAGGAAGAACAUUCCACUCAACCUCAUCACUUACCAUGCCCUGCUUAAGACCCAUGCUCUGUGCUCUGAUCUCAGGGCCUGCUUCCACAUUUUCAAGGAGAUAGUUCAAAAAGGCCAUGCGAUCACACAAGAAACCUUCAACUUCCUGCUUAUGGGCUGCCUCAAAGAUAAAGAGCAUGGAUUUAGGUUUGCACUGCAGGUUUGGCGUCAGAUGCUAAAAGUAGGGAUAGAACCUAAUUCUCACAGCUACAACCUGCUACUUCGUGCUGCUCGGGAUUGUGGGAUAGGGGACUCCUCAGUGGCUUCCCGUCUACUGCUGAGUAAUGAAGAGGCAGUAACCCCAAAGGUCACGAGAGGACGAAGAGGUCAGAAGGUGAAAAAUGGAAAGGAGUGGACAUGUGCAGCAACCCUAGAUGUUGAUGCUCUCGAAAGCCAGCUUUUUCUGGAAGCAAGUACUAGGAGGGGAGAGGAAUCGCUGCAGGUUGGAAAUGUAACUGCUCAUUUAAACGAGGAAAUGUUAGACAAGCCAGUGAUGGAAAAUGACCUUAACCCGAAUCAGAAGUACUUGAACCAAGAUGUAUUUUCAGACUUGGUGCCUGUGAACAGAAACCAUGUUACUCCCAUUGAAUCUACUUCCCCCCUGUCUUCAGUGACCAGUGAGAGUCUACCGAACCUACUUGACCUGAGAAUUGAUUACACAAAUAUUAUUUCCCUUGGGUCUGUCAGGAGUGCUUCUGACAGGCUGGCCUUGAUGGGCAACAUGGAAGGUUUUCUUAGCAAGAUGAAAGGCCACGGACUGAAACCUGACAUCAGAACUCUGACUUUGUUAGCUGACAUCGUGGAAUCUGGAAGCCAGUCAGAAUCCAGCUUGCUGUCCAUCUUUGAAGAACAUGGAUUAAAACCAGACAUUUUAUUCUUCAACACCUGGGUUCGGAAAAAGGCUAAACUGGGUGAUCUAGAAGGAGCCAAGGCUCUGUUAUCUGUUGUGUCUGAGAGAGCUCUGGAAGCUAAUACUCAUACUUUCUGUAGCCUGGCUAUAGCUUGCAGGACCCAGAAAGACGGCCUGCAGUUGUUGUCUGAUAUGCAGGCAUGUGGCGUCAAUCCAAAUGCCCAUGUAUACAGUGCCCUGCUCAACAGUGCUGCGAAGCGUUUGGACUACGUGUACCUCACAGAGAUUCUCAGACAUAUGAAGCACAACAAGGUUGCCCCCAAUGAGGUCAUCAUCAGGCAGCUGGAGUUUGCAGCUCAGUACCCCCCAAACUUCGAUAAGUACAAAUCAAAAAACACUUACCUGGAAAAGAUCGAUGGGUUCCGUGGUUACUAUAACCACUGGUUGAAAUCUGUGCCUGCCCAAGAGACUCCACACCCAUGGGAGAAGUUUAAAACUCCAACAAAGCAAGUGGAAGUGGAGCAGGCCAACAGUGGAGAAGACCCCAAAGCCACAAAUUAGGAGUUUAACAAAAUUGAUGUAAUCAGUUCAGAUUUAGUAUUAAUAAUCAUGUUUACUUCUUGUGAAUACAAGUGGAAUUAAAAGAGAAGUGUAGUAAUUAUAAUGUAUUGUAAUAGCAACAGCAGUGAUUUUCUAUUUAAAACUUGUUAAGUGUUUUGUAUCAGUGUCUAAAUUGCAGAACAUUUCUUUUUGUAUGCAGUACAUAAACAAGCACGUAAGUUC